CGGCUGUAGGUCGCGUCCGGAGAGUUUCCUCGGCCGCCUGGCGCCGUGCAAUGCCGCGGGAUGGUACCAACGAACAGCGUUUUCUUGAACUUGCUUCACCAAUGUCUUUCAUUCUAAAUAUAUUAAGAAACGUGCUGGAAUAUUUCGGUGUUCCCGUAGACCAGGAUUUGCUGAUUUGUCAAAAUAAAAACUGUGGGUCAGCUCGGAGUAUUGUUCGUAUUAUUGGGAGAAUGCUUCCUUUAAAGCCUUGCAGAAGACCUCAUUUUGAGUUGAUCCCGCAUGUGGACUCUAAGGAGUCUGAUGAUUACGAACUUACAGUUCCAUCUUUUGCUGAUGUUUUAUGUGUGGCAAAUGAUGAAGAAACCAGUUGUCUCAGAUUUCGACAUAGUCUAUGGCAAAAGAAGGAAGAAAGAAAAAUUGCUCCUUUUCAUCCUUCAAAACUAAUUUGGGAUCCAUCAUCACCUGGUCUAAGACAGAACAAAACAGAGACAGACGAUCUGCCUGUAAAUGAAGCUGCAAUUAAAAAGAUAGCUGCCCUUGAAGAUGAGCUGACUUUUCUCAGGUCUCAGAUUGCUGCGAUUGUGGCAAUGCAGGACCUGAGAGAGAGCAGAGAGACUGGCUUCAUCGACUUGAGUGAUGAACAAGUGCCACCAUCAUCAGCGACCACAGGGCUGAGUGUGGAACCAGACCACGCUCCAAGUGUGGUGCUUUCUCCCCCUCCUCCUCCCCCUCCUCCCCCUCCUCCCCCUCCNGGGCGGGCACAGCAGCUGCACCUCCUACUGUCCUGCAAGACUCCCUCUGUUCCUUCUCAAGCCCAUAGCCUGCUCACCAAGGAGCAGCACCAUUAA